CUCGAACUACAUGUCGUAUAUCUUCUAAUCUCUGACGCCAAUGGCAACCUCAAAUAUUUCUGCGCCUAGUUGGCGACAAUUUUCAUUCUUCGAAAUAGAACGAGUGAGGGAUGUCCAUGACUUUGAAAGCACACCGGAUAUAUUCAAGGCUACUCUCGAAAUCUCCACCGUUUCAUCGUCGUCAACCGGCGUUCUCGUCGCGGAUAUCCAUGGAAGCAUACACGUCCUCAAUCGUGACUUUGAAUCCGUCAAUAGCUGGGUGGCCCAUGUCGGCGGACGAGUGACACACAUGGUGGAGCGGAAGCGUAUCUUGAUAACCCUCGGAGAGGAAGACGCCGUCAGGUCACCGAUUCUGAAGAUUUGGGAUUUGGAAAACACAGAUAAACGCUCGGGCUCACCAUUACUUCUUCGUUCUGUCAAAGUACAACUCAGCAAUCGACCCCAUCCUGUGUCUACCAUUGCUUUGUCUGCAUCACUCUCGUACCUUGCUAUCGGUUUCGGAGAUGGGUCCGUUCUUCUAUACCGGCACCUCGACCAGUCACUCGCAAAUUCCGCCGGUCUUACAGCACUUCCCAAACCACGGACGGUACACGAAUCUCCGACAGAACCGAUAACAGGCCUGGAUUUCCGAGAGCCUUCUGAAGAUAGUCCGAACUUGUACCUUUUCGCGGUCACGACAAAUCGCGUCCUUUCAUAUCAGGCUUCGGGUCGCGGGAGUGGUGCUGCAGCCGUUGUGGUUGAUGAAGUUGGUACAGGUCUUGGUUUGGCUACGAUGGACCACCGAGGGAAGGAUAUCAUAGUCGCACGAGAUGAGGCCAUAUACGUUUGUGGUACGGAUGGGCGUGGAGCGUGUUGGGCAUAUGAAGGGCACAAGUCUUCAAUACAUACACAUCACAACUACGUCGUCAUUGUCUCUCCCCCAUUCCUUCCGACAGCCUCUGCUGCGUCAGCAACUGUUCGCAAUUUCGUAGCACGGACCACGAAUGCUGGAGACAGUGAUAUUACGAAAGUCACAUUGUUUGAUCCCGAGAAUAAGUUGGUAGCGUAUAGUGGUACUUUCAAAGAGGGUGUUCGGGAAGUCAUAUCUGCUUGGGGACAUCUUUAUGUUCUCUCCAACGAUGGUAAUCUAUUUGCUCUGAGAGAGAAACCCACAUCGGAAAAGCUAGACAUGCUCUACACCCGCUCUCUAUAUCCACUGGCGCUCAAUUUGGCAAAGACUCAGGGAUUGGACGAAUCGAGCGUCGCUGGUAUUCAUCAGCAAUACGGUAACCACUUAUAUAACAAGGGUGAGUACGACGCGGCCAUGCAGCAAUUUAUCCAGACAAUUGGACAUUUGCAACCCAGUUAUGUCAUUCGAAAGUUUCUCGAUGCCCAACGGAUACAUAAUUUGGUGAACUACCUCCAAGAGCUGCAUUCUCUCGGGCUUGCCAACUCGGAUCAUACGACCCUUCUUCUCAACACGUACACAAAGCUCAAAGAUGUUUCUCGACUGGACAACUUUAUCAAGACAGAGUCUCGUCGGAACUCGACAGACUCUGACGAACUCCCAUUCGACUUGGAAACUGCUAUUCGCGUUUGCCGGCAGGCGGGUUACUUUGACCAUGCCUCGUACCUCGCCAAGAAGUACGAGCGCCACGAGGACUAUCUGAGAAUACAGAUCGAAGAUGCGGAGAAUUACAAAGACGCUCUGUUGUAUCUCAGAAAGUUGGGGGCGGAUGCGGCCGAGAGCAAUCUUGCACGGUACGGCAGAGCGAUGUUGGCCAAUCUCCCGGUUGAAACGACGCAGUUACUUAUCGAUCUUUGCACCAACUCUGCGGGAAUAUCUUCUCCUGAACUGGAAGAGACCAUUGUUUCCAAGACGACCACUGCAGCACCAUCCUACCUUUCAUAUCUGGCAUUGAACCGCACCUCUGUCGUCGAUGUUCCUCCCCCAUCCCCUUCUAUCAAAACCGUCAAACCUGGAGAUACAGUUUCACAAAAGGAGUCAGUGCACGAGGCGUCCCGUCCAUCAACGCCUCCUCCCUCCACUCCUACGACCACCAAACCUGCUCGACCUACGCCUGUCAAACAGCUCUCGCCGCGAAUGUAUUUCGCGCACUUUGUUGACCAUAUGGACCAGUUCGUCAUCUUCCUGGAGACAGUAGCGUUACGUCGAUGGGGUCAAAGCGUAGAUAAUCUACCGAGGACGCUCCCGCCUUCUGACCCUCCUGUGGAUGAAAAGGCUGAUCAGCUUGAUCAGGUGGCGGUGUGGAAUACGCUUCUUGAGCUAUAUUUAACGCUGCCCAAUCCGUCGGACAAGGACGAUACAUCGGCUGAGGCAAAGGAUUUCAGGGAGAAGGCGAUGCGGGUGCUCAACAGCGAUACUAUACCCUAUGACCCAACCCACGCGCUUAUUCUGUGCUCAAGUCGGGGCUAUACGGAGGGCCUUGUGCUAUUGUGGGAGCGGAUGGGCAUGUAUGAGGACGUUCUUAGGUUCUGGAUGGAUAGAGAGAAGGAGGGAACGGUAUCUGGUGCGUCGACGGAGGUGGUCAAGCAUCUGAAGCAGUAUGGAUCGGGGAAUCCGCAGUUGUAUCCGUUGGUGCUGAGGUUCCUGACGUCGACGCCUGAGCUGUUGAGUCGGCAUCAGGAGGAUGUCAAGGAUGUGCUGGAGCAUAUCAACCAGGAGGGUAUUAUGCCUCCGCUGGGAGUUAUACAGGUGUUGAGUCGGAAUUCUGUGGCGAGUGUUGGGCUCGUGAAGGAGUGGCUGAUGACUCGUAUUACGGAGGCCAGGAGCGAGAUACAAACGGAUCAGGAAUGGACGAGCUCCUACAGGAUGGAGACGGCAGCUAAGCUGAAGCAGAUACAAGACCUUUCUGAUCCAGAACAUCCCCGGGUAUUCCAUGUUACCCGAUGUUCGACAUGUGGUGGGCAGCUUGACCUUCCGAGCGUGCACUUUAUGUGUAAUCAUAGUUAUCAUCAACGGUGUCUGAUGGACAAUGAUACGGAAUGUCCGAACUGUACUAGGGAGUACAGUGUAAUACGGGAAAUUAGGAGGAAUAAUGAGCGUUUGGCUGAUCAGCAUGAGCUGUUCUUGUCGGAAGUCAAGGAGAAUGGGUUCAAGGCUGUUGCCGAAGGAUUUGGACGUGGUGUGCUCAACUUGGCGAGAGUAGAUGAGGUCGUUUCGUAGUUUGCUAGGUUCUAAUGGAUUUUUUCCCUUUCUUUCACGGAAAUGAGCGGGCCGGUUUCAAUAAUAAUAAUAAUAAUUAUUAUUAUUUUUCUUAUUCCCU